AUGCGAAUAAACUUUACAAAAUUUCACGAUUUAUUUCAAAAAAGAGUGCUCCUGGAGCUGGGAACUAAAGAGUUGACGAAUUUUGCAACCCUGUCGAGAAAAUCGCGGGCUAAAGUGAGAAGUAUACGAUGGCCAAAAGUAGAAACAUUUAUUGAUUGCGUAAAUUUUCGAGCGGAUGCAACAAUACAAUACGGAAAUGAUCAACAGCGAGAAUUUCACCUAUCGUUGGAAACCAAACCCAAUGAAUACAUCGAUAAAGAUGAAGAAGAAGAUUUCUACACUGUAAAUGGCCAAGUCUUCAAAAUGAGUUUGCUCGCACGACUUUGGACAAUGUGUGGUGAAAGUUUAGAGGAUUCCAUUAAUAAGAGGUUCGGAGCUGUCUGCAUUUAUUUUCUCACACAUUUCAAUGUCAUUCAUACUCUGAAAGUAGCUGUUGGAACACAAAUGCCACGUUAUUUUGAUCCAAGAAUAACAUGCAUUGUGAGAUAUGAAAAUAUCACUACGGAGGAUGAAGACAAUGAAUUUGGAAUAUAUGACAGUUGGUCAGUAUUCAAGAAGUUAUACGAUGUUGUUUAUAAUGAUCUCAAUUCUGACUUCCCAUCUGGAAAUAGUACUGAAAACCGUAAGGGGUUCAGUGUAAUUCAUCGAGAAACAUACGGGAUAGAGGAAAACACCAUCCUGAACUUUUCGGGAGAGACUGGUGUUUUCUAUAACACCCGUUUUAGUCGAAAAGAAAUAACCGAUUUUGUGACUGCAUGGCUCAACGGAGAAAGCAACAUAACGGGAUCUCUGAUAUUUUCUCAGAGCAAAGGGAUUCAUUUGGAUACAUUUGAAAUCAGUUUCAGCUUUAAAAAUUUCAAUAAACAAAGAGGACCAGAACUACGAUUUCCUCUUCCAGAAGAAAUAACGCGAUUCUGUGAAGAAAGUGGUGUGUGGACCGAUCUAAGUGAGAGAAGUACUAAACGCAUUGACAAAAAAAGAUUCGAUUUGGUUCGAGAAUGUGAUCAGAAGAGAUGCACAGAACCGAUUGUAUCAGAUGAGGAAAUCAAAAAACUAGCGCCAACGUUCACUCCCCUUGAAGAACAUCUUGAUAAUAGCAUGGUUUAUCUAUUAAUUAGGGAUAGAGAACUUUCUGAACCUGACUGGGAUUAUCUUUCGGAAUACUCUGAACCUGACUGGGAUUAUCUAAAACAAUUCCACAGGUUGGACAAAAAUUGGUAUAUUUUACGCCCGAAACCACCCAGAUAUCAAAGACAAUCGUUUGUUCAUGUUGUAACAGACACCAAAAACGUUGAGGAGCUAAAUGAAAUUAGUGGAAAUGAAGAUGUGGAACUACCUGCUGAUUUACCGGUUCUCGACGAAAGCAGUGGCAUCGAAAGCUUCCAACCGCAGGAAUAA